AUGGCUCACGUUUCAAAUCUUGUUUUUUUAGCUUCCAUUUUCCUUUUCAACAUCAUAAACAUUCCAUUCCUUACAAAUGUUAUUUCCUCAUGCAACGGACCUUGUAAAACUCUCAACGACUGCGCUGGUCAACUCAUUUGCAUCAAUGGAAAAUGCAACGAUGACCCUGACGUUGGGACCAACAUAUGCACCAAACCUUCACCGCCAUCACCAAGUGGCGACAAGUGUAAAUCUUCCGGCACCUUAGAAUACGACGGAGAAUCAUUCCCUCAAUUCAAGUGCUCUCCACCAGUCUCAUCUUCCACACAAGCAUUACUCACGUUGAAUGAUUUCAGCGAGGGUGGAGACGAAGGAGCUCCAUCACAGUGCGACGAACAGUUCCAUAGCUACUCAGAAAGAGUAGUGGCGCUGUCCACUGGGUGGUACAACGGAGGUUCAAGGUGUGGAAUCAUGACAUGUUGGUUGAAGUAUUCUCUCAUUUUUUUUGGCAGUCUUGCAUUUUAA